CCGAGAACCAUAAAACCAACCAUCACUCGGCUACAGACACUGCCAGCCAUGUCCCUUCUCUGAAACAAUAGCAAUUUUUUUUAGCGUUAAAGAGCAGAAUACCUGCUCUUUUUUAAAUUCAUAACUACACACCUCUCACAGGGAGACAGCAGCUGUUGUUGUUGUUAUUUGUAGGCAGAGAGAUGUCUUCAGUCGGGCGGGAGGGGCGGACUGGCGUUGAGCUGCUGAGCGCGCUGCUGCUGAUGCUGCUCUCUGGUUGUUCAAGCAUGGAUGUUCUUGUACCAAGCAAAAUCACUGCACUGAACGGAACAAAUGUCCGGAUCUCAUGCACAUUCACUUCCUGCUAUAAGAUCGACCUCAGCAAGUUUCACAUGAACUGGACCUACAAAGUAGCCGACAAUGAGAGCGAGGCUGAAGUGAUGUUCAUGACCUACGAUAGAAAGAAAGGAAUGAUUCAGUUAACGACGGUCCAGUUUGACGAGAGAGUUGAGUUUACCGGGAACUUGGAGAAGAAUGAUUUGUCAAUCACCCUGUCAAACAUUCAACCCGAGGAUACGGGGUAUUACUUCUGCCACGUGUUGAACCCUCCAGAUCGCAUCCACGGAAAAGGGACCAUUUAUGUCAAUGUUGUCAAUGAACUGCCUCCUCCAAGAGAUUCUACUAUCGCAGUUGCCAUUGGGGCUUCGGUGGGCGGAGCAUUAGCCCUGCUGAUCCUCUCCAUGGUGGUGAUCAAAUGUCUUCGCCGACACCGCAAACAAGAACUAACUUCAGAAGAAAAAAUGGAGGAGGAGGGGAAGCUGGAGGCUGAAGCCGUGGCGGAGGAGGGAACCAAAUAACCCCAGCAUGACUGGCUGCAUUGAUGUCUCCGUCACUCUCACAUCCAACAACUUUUCUGAAACCAAUACCACAUCCUCAAUGACAUGUAGUAACCACUGCUCAGAUCAGUGUCCACAGAUAUAUUCAAACACUUUGCAUGCAGGUGUGUCUAUGGAAUCCAAGCAGGAUUAUCCGUCUGAAUGCUGCAUCAUCUAUAUUUUCUUCGUCUGUAUUAGGGGUAUUUUUCCUUGCAAAAUGUGAGGGAUAAUCAGGCGUUUCUUUGUUUGGACCUUCACAGUAUAGUAUCAGCAAUUUUAGAAGUGGUUAAUAAAACAUAUAACCAUAGCAUAUCCUAUAACACGUUAAGGUUUUGUGGUAUGACCCAAACAUUUCAUUCACAGUAAAUUAAAAAAAAUAUAUAUAUGGAAAAUUGUUGUUAUUUUUGCUAUAACCAUUUUACAUUAGUUUGGUACUUGAAAAACAAAUCUAUAUCAGCAACUAAAUAUUGAUAUUAUUUAUUACUGUAGAGAACAUUUUUAAAGUGGAUUUUAAAGAGAAGAAAAUGUACCCAUCGUGAAAUAAGUGCACAUUGCCUAUGAUUCAUGUCCUUUUGUCUUUUUAAGUGGAUUCCUUUGUCGAAAUUGCUCAAAUUCACCAGCUAAGCUAAAUGACGUUUACAUAUGCCAAUAAUGUCUGCUUUGCUGGACAAGAUUCUCAAACAUUCCUUAAACUUUUAUCAGAACAACUGCCGUAAACACACCAUGAAAGCCAGAAGUGGUUUGAUACAGUGGUAAAAGCACAUGUGCAGCUAAUCUCUCUAACUUUGGCCAUUUAGGCAAUAAAAAAGAAAAGACCAAUUUUAUUGGAGACUUAUUUUUUAUGACUAACAUGAUCCAUAAAAAUAAAUCUGUUUCCGUAACCAACGAAUGUGUUGACUUUAUUAAACACAUUUCAAACUGGUUCCAACCUGCUGACUUGUUAAUUGUCUAAUUUAUAGAAAAAAAAUGCUCUAAAAAGUAACCUUCAUAGUCAUAAAAGUAUAUACAAAAGUUUGUAUGUGAUUCUGUUGGAUUUUUAUGUUUUGUAUUAUUGAUAAAUUUAUAGUUUUGUUUUCUAACUUUAUGAGUGAUGUGUAUUUCACUGAAAUACCAAAAGUACACUUUCAUAAUCUCUUUUCAAUGUUUGUUAUUGCACAGUGCCCUCUUUGGAUCAAUGAAACUCCACUGAGGUAAAAAAAAUAAAUAAAUAAAAAAAACACAAUCAGCUUGUGAAUAAUCACAAAUGUGGUGGUAAUUUGCAGGCAUGUGAAAAAGUUGAGUUAAGAAAAAAAAAAUUAAAAUAUAACCAAACUGAUUUAUUGGAAAAAUCUGUUUCUGCUUUUUCUUCUGUAUCAUGCAUGUCUGUGUUGCAGAAAUUGCAGAACCUUACAGCAUGAUGAGGGCAGCUUAUUUAGAAUGUUGUUUUUCUUUUAUUAUUAUUUCAAUUUAAAGGAAGGUUUUGCUUUUGUUGACAGAACAAUAACUAAAAUGUGAAAGAGAUAUGUGACUGUGCCAUAGGCCAAAAAAAUGUGCUGUGAAUAGCUGCUAUUGCAUCACUUUGAAUGUUAGCUAGCACCAACUAGUGCUCACACUGUGGUUCCUCUGAUCAAUCAGUUAUUGUUACAUUAUGCAUUUUAAAUAAAGAUCUGUAAGAACAAAGGUGUAGAAAAGUG